CUGGUACCCAGCUAAGGGCAUGCCGGCGAAGCCUGUAAGUGUGGGAGUUUAAGUGCAAUUUUAACGCUGCAGCGACAACGUGACCCUCCAAUAUUCGGGUCUGAGCCAUGUUGCUGCUAUAGUCUCGGUUUAUCGUCUCUGUUAGAUGAGUAGGGAAUCAAAGGUCAGACGCUACUUGACUCAGUCUAAGGGGGGUAUCACGGGGGCUCACCAUGUCUUUUUUCUUUGUUUGACGAGUUUUCAUUUUCUGCAAGUGACAGAUGCGGUAGGAGAAGACUGCUCUGUUAUGUACAGUGUGUACAAUGCUUGUCGCUCCCAAUGCAAGAUACGAAAGUCUUUGCCAAUAUGGUCCAUCGCCAUGACGAGAAGCGCUGCAAAUCCACGAUAAUCACUGUAUCGCAGCGUAGCGACGUAUGAUGGCCCCACAGACUCAU